ACGAGAAUACGUUUAAGCAACAAAAUGUCCAAAACCAUUUUAUUCUUCUUCGCAGUCGUUUGCAUUUCUGGUAUCCUUGCCAGAGCCAACUUGAAUGCAGCUAGUAAUCUGAAACUUGCAAUUCCCAAAGAUGACGUUUCCAAUGAGGAUCACACUGUACCCGGCGGAAACGGUGGUGAUCCAAUCCACAAUGCUAAACUUGCAAUCCCCAAGGAUGACGUUUCCAAUGAAGAUCACACAGUACCUGGCGGAAACGGUGGUGAUCCGAUCCACAAUGCUAAACUCCCAUUCGCUAAAGUGUUUGCUAAGGAUGUUGAUGUUUCCAGUCAAGAUCACACAGUACCUGGCGGAAACGGUGGUGAUCCCAUUCACAACGCUAAUUUGCCAGCUGAUGGUGGAAACGUUGCCUCUCAAAAUCGUACAAACCCCGGCGGUAGCAAUCCUAUCCACAACCCUAAUCUGCCAGCUGAUGGUGGAAACAUUGCCUCUCAAAAUCGUACAAACCCCGGCGGUAGCAAUCCUAUCCACAACCCUAAUUUGCCAGCUGAUGGUGGAAACAUUGCCUCUCAAAAUCGUACAAACCCCGGCGGUAGCAAUCCUAUCCACAACCCUUAAAUCAUCAUCUCUGAUGUCAGCGUGGAAUAGAGUACACAAA